GACAACGGAAGCCGGAAGUGAAUUUCUGUGGAGAGACGGGAAGAGCGACCGCGGAACUGGGACUUUCUCGGAGCGACGGGGCCCGAGGAGCGCUCGUGGCCCGCUGCUCCCGCCCUUCUCACAUCGGACCGAUUCUGCUGAAAGACCUUGACUUGUUGGAUGAGCGGGCCCCCCUGGAAGAGUCAGCCGUGUGAGAUGGUGCAGCCCAGCGGUGGCCCGGCCGGGGACCAGGACGUGCUGGGCGAAGAGCCUUCUCUGGGGAAGGCGGCCAUGCUCCACCUGCCUUCGGAGCAGGGUGCUCCUGAGACCUUCCAGCGCUGUCUAGAGGAGAAUCAAGAGCUCCGAGAUGCCAUCCGGCAGAGCAACCAGAUGCUGCGGGAGUGCUGUGAGGAGCUGCAGCGUUUCCAAGGCAGCCAGAGGGAGGAGAAGGAAUUCCUCAUGCAGAGGUUCCAGGAGGCCAGGAGACUGGUAGAGAGACUGAGUCUGGAGAAGCUCGACCUGAGGAGGCAGAGGGAGCAGGCCCUGCAGGAGGUGGAGCACCUGAAGAGAUGCCAGCAGCAGAUGGCCGAGGACAAGGCCUCAGUGAAAGCCCAGGUGACGUCCUUGCUAGGGGAGCUCCAGGAAAGCCAGAGUCGCUUGGAGGCUGCCACCAAGGAGCGGCAGGCUUUGGAGGGCAGGGCCCGGGCAGCCAGUGAGCAGGCCCGGCAGCUGGAGAGCGAGCGGGAGGCGCUGCAGCAACAGCACAACGUGCAGGUGGACCAGCUGCGCAUGCAGACCCAGAGCAUGGAGGCUGCCCUGCGCAUGGAACGCCAGGCUGCCUCGGAGGAGAAGCGGAAGCUGGCCCAGCUACAGGUGGCCUAUCACCAGCUCUUCCAAGAGUAUGACAAUCACAUCAAGAGCAGUAUGGUGAGCAGUGAGCGAAACCGAGGAAUGCAGUUGGAAGAUCUCAAGCAGCAACUUCAGCAGGCCGAGGAGGCCCUGGUGGCCAAACAGGAAGUGAUUGACAAGCUGAAGGAAGAGGCUGAGCAGCACAAGAUUGUGAUGGAGACCGUUCCGGUGCUGAAGGCCCAGGCGGAUAUCUACAAGACGGACUUCCAGGCUGAGAGGGAGGCCCGGGAGAAGUUGGCCGAGAAGAAGGAGCUCCUGCAGGAACAGCUGGAGCAGCUGCAGCGGGACUAUAGCAGGCUGAAGGCCAGCUGUCAGGAGUCAGCCAGGAUUGAAGACAUGAGGAAGCGGCACGUAGAGGUCUCCCAACCCCCCUUGGCCCCUGCCUCAGCUCACCACUCUUUUCACCUGGCCCUGCCUAGCCAGAGGAGAAGCCCCCCCGAGGAGCCGCCUGACUUCUGUUGCCCCAAGUGCCAGUACCAGGCUCCUGAUAUGGACACCCUGCAGAUUCACGUUAUGGAGUGCAUCGAGUAGGGCCACCUGCCGAUGACCAGCCUAGGACAGUGCGAUCUGCUUUCCUCUCCCAUCUGCCCAGUCCUGGAUUACGGGCUAGGUGACAAAGAGCGGGCUACUUAUCUGAGCCCUAAGAGCUAGCUGUAGGGCCUUACGCUUCAGCUCCCCCGUCUGCUGGUUCGCCUCUUUUAGGGUACACAGAGCCCCAGCUAGGCCUUGUGCUGUGCUCUUUUCAUUCGUUCUGUGUGUUUGAACUACUUGCCUCUGGGGGUCCCGCUUCUUCCACCUCCACUGGGGAAGUCAGGAAUCAGGGCCAGGUCUCUUCAGAGAGAACGGCUUCCCAGGCUGAGAAGGGAGGGGCCCUUCCUUCCAGCCCAGCUCCAGCACACCAUGGCAUCGUCAUGCUCUUGGGACACUGGGAGGCUGCACCACGGCAUGUGGCUUUAUUGCCCAUCUUCUUGUCAUAAGUAAUGCCGCAGUGAAAACCCACGUGCGUCACUCAUGUGUGUCUUUGGGUUGGAUUCUUAGAAGCGGCAGCACUGAGCAUCCGCAAACAGGGUAGAUGGUGCUGAUGCCCCCCCAGUGCGGUUUCCUGCUGUCCCCUCAUUCCCCACAGCCUUGCCCCGGUGAGGGUUGUCCAACCUGUGGGCUCUUGCUAUCUGCCAGGCAUGCAGGUCUCUGUUAAGAGUGGGCUUGAGCAUCUCUCAGCGCUUCAGGGGGCCUUUUCAAUUGUGGCGUGAAUGGCUUGUUUGUAUUUUUGCCCACUUACCUCUUGGGCAGGUAGUCUUUUGUUCCUUGCUUUGCAGGAGCUCUUUGGUCAGUAGUGAAAUCAGCCCUUUUGUGUGAGGGAAGUUGCGACGAUCUUUUCCUGCGGUGACUGUACUAGCAUGUUCUGGACUUCGAGUUGGCUACCUUUGUGUAGUCGCAUUUCCCCACCUUCCCUCCACUGCUUUGGGUGUGGACUUGUGACUACCUAGUGGUCUGAUGGGAGGAUGCUUCUCACAAGUAUGCUGCUGCUUUCUUUUCCCCAAUGCCACAGCCUGCCCUUCUCCUCCCCAGGAGCAUUGCCGCCCAGUGUGAGUGGUGGUGGCUGUUUCAUCACAUUCCAGAAGUCUGUGAUGCUGUGCCCUGCACCAGCCCCCAAUGCUCUGGCCUUGUGAAAGGAAACCACUUGGCAAUGACUGGCAGAUUAGGAGCACCAGAGGACUCUUCCUGGCUGUUUUGCAAGAUUGUGAAUAUUUUCUGGGAUGUCAAAGCCACAGGCAUUAACCCUGUGAUGUUGUAAAGAAAAGACGUUAGAAGUAGAGGAAGAAUACGCAUCAUUUCCUCCUUGGUGCCCUGGCUCUUGCCCCUGCCCUCUUCCAAGCUGCCUGGGCUAGGAAUGGGAUGUUGGGAAUCCACCCCUGGGCUUUUCUGCUACUUGGCAGUGAGAGGAAGCCUAGUGCAGGUAGACAGCCAGCAGCCCAUUAUGCAAAUAAGCCUGGAUUUGAGCGUUCCUUGGCAUCUGCAGGGCUGGGAGAGACUUUUCCGAUUCCUGAAGCCCAGGUGUCUAAUCUCAGGUGGUACUUGGGGGAAGCGUCAGAGGCCCAGUCGGGUUCCCCACCCCUGGGUGCUGCAUGUUGAUCCUAAUCUUGCAGUUUUUCUCAAGAGCACUUUUAGUUUUGGGGGGGAUGUGUUGGUUUCCCCUGGCUGCUGUCAGAGAGUACCACAAACUUGGUGGCUUAGAAUACCAGGGAUUCAUUGUUUCCAAGUUCUGGAGGCCAGCUGUGUGAAAUCGAGCUGUGGGCAGGGUUGGUUCUCUUUGGCGGCUCUGAGGGAGAGUCAGUUCCAGGCCACCAUCCCAGCUUCUGGUGGUGGCCCUUGGUGUCUCUUGGCUGGUAGACACAUCACUCCACUCUCUGCCUCCAUGGUUACAUGGCCUCUUCAUCUGACCAUGUCUUCCAUUCUGUCUCUUCUAAGGACAGCAGUCAUUGGAUCACCUGUGCUAUCCAUGAUGAUCUCAUCUUGAGAUCCUUACCCUCAUUACCUCCACAAAGACCCUUCUUCCAGAUAAGGUCCCAUUCACAAGUCCUAGGGAUAGGGAUGUGUUCAUAUCUUUUGGGAGCACCGUUCAACCCAGUAUGGGGCAUCUUCUGGAGGCCACAGAUUGGGACAGAUACAGUCACAGACAGGUGUCUCUAGGACCUGCAGCUUUGUUAGAGGGCAUGUUCUCCAGGGUGAUGGUGGCUGCUGGGCUGCAGAGGCCUAUGGUACUCUGUGGUGAGGAAAGCUGGAGUUUGUUGUGGGGCAGGUCCUUGCAGGUACAGGGACUGUUGUUCCUUAGAACAUCUCGUCUCCAGCUGGACACCACUGCUGGGUUCAGUGGAUGUGGGCGGGAGAAGGGGGUAGGCUGCAGUAGGAUGGCACUUUUAGGCCACCUGCACCCUGGGUGUUGGCUGCUGGCUGGGUAGGGACAGGCCUCACCUUUCUAAGAGGGUGAACAAAGGCACAUAGGAGCCCUUCUCUGACCAGCUCCCUCUUCUGAAAUGAGAUUGAAAGAAGGUGAGACCUAGCUGCAGUGAGAGAGGUGGACAUUCUCUUCCUCGGGAACUUCCGUCGGGCUCUGGCGGUGGCCCCAGGCAAGCCACACAGCAGUGGCAGCAGCUGGGAGCUUUGCAGACAUUCCUGCCUGGGACCUGGACCAAGGUCUGGUCUGGGCAGUAGCUGGGUACUGCUGCUCUUUUGGACCUUCCCUUCUGCCUCCUUCCUUCUGUAGGGCCGACUGUGCAUUUGACACCAAGGAUUUUAAACCAGGCCGUUUGCCCGGAAGUGAGGGAUUCUGCUUUCUUCCGUUCUGGCUUUACUUAGGUUGGGCUUCUGGAACAAGUGGUUGGAUUCCUCCUGUAAGGGAAGCGGCCUGCCUCCCUUAUUAGCUGUUGCCCUUUGAUGUUCACGACCCUGGGUCUGGGAUGUAGAGAGAGACAGCUGGAAGCAUACCCUGCCAGAACCUUUGUUCUGUGUUGCUCACACACACACACCCUAUGUUACUGCUGCUCGAUGCUCAAGAGAAAUCCAGAUGGCCAGUAAUAUAAGCACAAUAAGAAAGCCUUUCUCCUUUAAAAGUGACUAAAACAAUACAGACUCAACCUAAACAGAAAGUGAUUUCAAAUUGUAACAAAUGAAGACUUCUGAUGCCCUGCUAGCAAGGUGCAGGGGACAGGCCGUGAUGCCACCUCUCCUGUGUGGACCGGUUGGUGCAAUGGAACAAGCACUUAGGAAGCGUCCUCAGCCUGUUUAACAGACAUUCGGGACACAUGAUGACUUUGCCCUUGUAGAGGCGCGUGCUCCACCAUCAUUUGUAGCUGCUCAAGGUCACAGUGAAAGAAGAGACUGCACUUCCAGACAGCGUGGGCUUGUGCAGCCAGCACUGUGAACAUGUCACUCGGAACAUGCUCUAUAGCAUGUUGGUGUGAAAAAACCAGUAGACAAAAUUAUGUAUCAAGUGUGACUCCAAGAAAAAAGUAAAAGCUGCAGGUGCACAACCUGCUACCAUUUGGGUGGGAAAAUGGUAUUGUCAUUGUACUUUGCAAAAGAAAAAGGCCCUUUCUCUUAGAGAUACAAACUGCAGUAUUUAUGGAUGAAAUUAUAUGAUGCUUUAUUAAGUGAGUUGUGAGAGCCUUCGCAAUUCUUAUAUUCUCUGUAAAAGUUGGUAGAACAUUAGGAAUAUCUGCUCUUUGAAUGCUUGGUAAAACUGCUUAGACCGAAUGUAUUCCAUGUGGGUGAGGGUAGAUUUUAAAGCACUGUUUCAAUUUCCUUAAAGUAUACAGUUGUGCUCAGGUUUUUUAAUUUCUUGAGUAAGUUAUAUUUUCCUAGCACAAUGUCCAGUUAAUCACUUCAAAUUUACUGCAGUGAUUUUAUCUUAUCAUUUAAAAAAUCUCUUGCUACAUGUGUAUGAUUCAUUUUUCCACUUCUAACAUUUCUACUCAUAUAACUUUUUAAAAUCAAUCUUUCCCGAA